AGAAGGGAGAUACAUUUCUUACUCCCACCUUCUCUUGCUGUCUUGCAGCCCAUGGGAUCAGAGCGGAUGGAGAUGCGCAAACGGCAGAUGUCUACGACCCCGGAGACACCAGGCGCUGCACUGGCUCAGCACAGCACGGGAAAUCGAGGGUCCAAUGCCUGCUGCUUUUGCUGGUGCUGUUGCUGCAGCUGCUCAUGUCUUACUGUUAGAAAUCAAGACGAAGAGAGAGCAAGGAGAACAUCUCAUGAACUCCAAGCAGAGGGUAUUCCAAACUGUGAGGAAAGCCCUGCUCCUACUCUUGAAGAAGUAAAUGCCUGGGCUCAAUCAUUUGACAAGUUGAUGCUUACUCCAGCUGGCAGAAAUGCUUUUCGUGAAUUUCUACGAACAGAAUUCAGUGAGGAAAACAUGCUUUUCUGGAUGGCCUGUGAGGAACUAAAACAAGAAUCCAACAAAAGUGUCAUUGAAGAAAAAGCAAGACUAAUUUAUGAAGAUUAUAUUUCUAUCCUUUCUCCAAAAGAGGUCAGUCUGGACUCCAGAGUAAGAGAAGUUAUUAACCGAAAUAUGCUGGAACCCUCCCAACAUACCUUCGAUGAUGCACAGCUUCAAAUUUAUACCUUAAUGCACAGAGACUCCUACCCACGGUUUAUGAACUCUGCUAUUUAUAAGGACUUGCUUCAGUCCUUAUCUGAAAAAUCCAUUGAAGCAUAGAAUUUUUUUCUUAAAUGUAUUUAUUUUAAAACAAACAAAACUCUGGGCUACACCAAUCCACAGGGAACUUACAAUUAAUCAGAUAUUUACCUGAAAGUAACUCAGGCAAGUUUUACUACAGACUGAAUGAUUUAAACCCGCACAAGGCUAUGACACAAUCAGCUGACUACAGUUUCUGAUCAAGUUCAGUGUUACUUGGCAAAUGAGAAUGAAAAUGAUAUUGUUGUUCAAAAAAAUGCAGUAUUUUUUCCAAACACAGCAUGCAACUCAGAUGCAAGUCUGACACUAUGUAUGUCUAAGGUACAGAUGCCAACUGGGCACGAAAACUAAAAUUUAAGUGGAGUGUUAGAAUUUUCUUGAAAACCAAACCAGUUGCCCCAUCCACACUGUGACUGAAAUAAAAACAGUACUGUCGGUAUCUGGGUUACACUAGACAUAAUUUCACAUAUUGUACCUGGCACAGGUACACUCCACUCAUCUUGGUGUAUUUAACGUGCAUACGGUGCGCUAAUGGAAAUCAGUAUGGCAAUCCCAACUUUCUCAAAGGUAACAGUUGAAAUAAUGCUGCCUAUAAAAAUCUUUCGCUGAGGAAUUGUUAUUUUACUACUAGAGUCUGCUGAAAGCAUUUUUAAGUUCAUAUUGUUGAUGUUUAUAGAGUUAAAUUAUUUACUUAAGAGGAAGAAGAGUCUGGGCAUUUAAAUUCCAAAAUAAAGCACAAGAAUUCUCA